GGACUCUCUCCGCGUCUCUGAUAGCUUCAUAGAUUGCUUUUUCCUGAGCAGCUGAUUUUCCGAUUCUCCGAUCGAAGGCGAAGAACCCAAAAUGGCGGCGGCGUUCACGUUGAGGGGGACCCACGUCCCCCCGAACUCGGCGAAUCUGGCGGAGGCUCGCCGCCGUGUGUUCGAUUUCUUCAGAGCUGCUUGCAGAUCCAUCCCUUCCGUCAUGGAAAUCUACAAUCUUCAAGAUGUCGUCGUGCCUUCACAGCUCCGCUCCGCCAUCGCCGCGCAGAUUCGGAGGAACGCCCACAUCACGAACCCUAAGGUUAUCGAUAUGCUUCUGUUCAAGGGAAUGGAAGAACUGACGAAUGUUGUCGACCACUCAAAGCAGCGUCACCACAUUAUCGGGCAGUACGUGGUGGGUAGUGAAGGGCUUGUGCAGGAUUCUGGGAGCAAGGAUCAGGGCAUGUCCGAUUUUCUCAAGAAUUUCUACACCAGCAACUACUUUUGAACUGGUGAGAUGUUCUCUUCAAGUUUGAUAUUAAGUUCCUCAUAAGUUGUUACUCUACAGUUGUGCUAUGGACUUGGGGAAUGUACUUCCCUCAGUAAAAUAAUGGACAUAGACCUCAUUUUGUACUCAUUCUCUCCCUGUUAAAACAUUCAUUUUUCUCUCCCGACAAUUUUAUAAUUUGGCCCUUUGUCUUGUAAUGACUUGUUUUUGCAACAAAGUGUUAGAUCUC